AACAGGUCGAGAGGAAAAAAAAUCGAAGCUUUGGCGCUCUUCUUCACCCAACGUUCUCUUGAUCUCUCUUAUUACUCUUUCUUCUUUCGUUCGGAGUUCUUCACAUAUAGACCCCCAAGGAAAUUGGUUUCUACUUAUUUGGGGAACUGACAUGGAGCCCCAAAUAGAAGCCAGCGCUCUUAAACCGACUCUGCCCUCCAUUAGAACAAAAGAGGAUCAAUGGAGCAGUAAACCAGUCUCAUACAAAAUGUCUGCCAGAAGUGCCCAGAUCCGCCUUGUGAGCUCCCAUCUUGAGGUUUAUGAACCAUGUAAUGAUUCGUUUGCAGUGGUUGAUGCACUACUAGCUGACAGAACACACUUGUUAGAGCAUAGGCCAACGUUGUGUAUGGAAUUAGGUUGUGGUAGUGGUUAUGUGAUCACAUCACUUGCUAUAAGGCUUAGACAGGAGGGUGCUGGUUGCAGUUACUUUCCAAGUGAUACUAGCCCACAUGCAGUGAAAGUGACUUGUGAAACAUUUGAGGCACAUGGGGUCCAUGCAGAGGUUUUAUUGACUGAUAUUGUAUCUGGGUUGGAGAGACGAUUGGCAGGUAUGGUGGACAUGAUGGUUGUGAACCCACCUUAUGUUCCAACACCAGAAGACGAAGUGGGUCGCAGUGGGAUUGCUUCUGCUUGGGCAGGAGGUGAGAAUGGGAGGAGUGUCAUUGACAGAAUCCUGCCUAUUGCAGACAAACUUUUGUCGAACAGGGGCUGUUUGUACAUGGUCACGCUAGCUGCUAACAACCCCUCUCAAAUAUGCCAUAUAAUGAGAGAGAAGGGCUAUGCUUCCCGAAUUGUUGUUCAGAGAUCAACUGAGGAAGAGAGCCUCCAUGUUAUGAAAUUCUGGCGAGAUUCUGAAAUUCAAGUGGGAACAAAGGAGCAACUAACAGAAAAUAAAACAACUCCUUCAGUGGUAAUGGACUCUCUACUGACACAGUUUCCACGCUUGGCUUUUUGGAGAAGUGGCAGCUGCAGUAGCUGAAUACAAAGCAAACAGGGUUUAACAUCUUCACUUUGCUUCCUUCUCGGAUUGGCCUAGCUCCUGGUGGCAAGGUUGAGAUCCAUCCUCUGUUGGAGCAUAUGGUUUUCUUAUAAUGAAUUGGUUCCUGAUGAAGCUAGCCUCAAGGAUGCCCCAGAUCACCACUGUAUUCUAAAGAAGCUUCGUCAGUCUCUCUGGAUUUUCUGGUGGUGGUGAACCUGAGAGCAGAGUCCAUGAUUGUGGGAAGCAAAUUGGAGGGCCUUGUCUGCUUUUUGAGAAGAAACUCAUCAACUGAUCAGUUUGCAUGGACAAUUAUGCCUUGCCAUGUUAGUUGACAUAAGAUUUUUUCGGUAGAACACACACAUGGUGUCUUAAAUAAUGUUGCUUGUUGUCUUAUGGCUGUGUGCCAACUUGGUUGUGUAUGGGUGCGGAAAACCACUCAUUUUUCUGGUCUGUUUUGAAUUGUGAUUGUGAUCACCAAAGUGUGCCUUCUGCUGGUGGGUUACUCGUCUAAUGAGAUUUUAAUCUAAUAAAAGAUCAAAUUAAAUUCUGAAUA